CCCCACGUUACGCUGAGCCCUAUCUCUCUCAUUCCAACAACGACCACCAUCUCCUUGGACGAGCACCGCUCUGCCUGUCACGUUCCGUAACUCGGACGUUGAGUCAGGCAGCACUGGCACUGGCACGUAUGUGGAUGUGGCCAUGUGCACGACGCUUUUCCAGCUGAAGCUCGUGGCUUUGGUACGCGGCUGAAACUCCCCUUUUUGAGGAGCUGUGUAUCCAUUACCUAAGUCCUCCGCAAGAACGGCUUCCUUUUCGACGUGUCGAAGGUCAAAUUAGGGAAGUGCGCAUAAUCAAACCUUUCGAUUUACUUUCAUUCCAGUGGCUUUGUCUAUUCCCUGCGACUGAUUUAGCGGUAGUCGCACUCCGAAAUGGGUAAGCAACCUAGAUACUCUAGGAUAAGUGUUGCAAUGGGCUGCCACUUUCGAAUACGAGAGCUGAGGCUGCCAGCCCAGCAGAUCACACGGUCGACUCCCCAAACCGGGACGGAAGCCACAGAUGUUCCAUCACACCAUCUCGCACGUACCCCUUCUGCAGGAUUUGACGGUAACCGACGAGUUCUUGUCAUCAGCACGCCACAAGGUUAUGAGCGAGAAACUCUGCACUUCUCUUGGGUUCAGUGCAAGCACCCGUCUUGUGACCAGUGGUUCCCAAUCGUCGACUUUCAGGGGACCUCAAGAGGCUCAUCUCUGCCUGUUGUGUUGUUAUUCGGCCCUCAACGAAGUUGUGCAAAUGUCAGGAUUGGCACAACGCGUUUACCCUCCGGUGGCUUAUAAGAUAUAACGCACCGCUGCUAAGGAAACUGAGGCAUGGGCGUCCGGUCCGGAGAUUCCAUUCAUGCCACACCUGAUACUCUAUCAGGUUCUCGAGAGACUAAGAAGGCGUUCUCGGACCGGCUGAUAUAAUGUCCUGGUGAGCGGCUGAAGCUGUGAGUGUAGCCAGGAACGGAGCUGAACUUGAGUUCAUCGUUUUACCUGAUAACAAGUCUCAGUUGCAGACAUCUAUGGGCGCUGCUGAGACCAGCUCCACCACCUCAUCUAGGUCAACCAGCGGUUGCGCCCAGACUGUGUUGAGAAACUAUAAAGAUGUGGCAUUCUUCCUGUGAUCCAAUUUCCUCUCGACCAAAAUCCUCAACCAAAGUUACAAAGCAACAAGAGCUGAAUUUCGGCAACGGAACCAAAUCUAUAUCGCUCUAUCAACAUGGACACCAAUUCACUCCCUGUCGGUACCAUUUUGGCAUACCCCCUUGACACGCUGCCGUCAGAUUUCUCUGCGUCCUGGAUGGUCUGCCAAGGGGCCGAAAUGAACAAAAUGCAAUAUCCCGAGUUGUUCAAUGCAAUCGGUUACUGCAACGGAUCCUCCGGCGAUCCCAGUGUGUUCUAUCUUCCGAAUCUGCAGGGAUGCUUUCUCCGCGGUGUUGACCCCGCGGGAAAGGUGGAUUUGGAAAGCAACAAACGUACCGGCGUCAGAGGUGACAAAGCAGCACAACUUCCAGGAUCAGUCCAGGGGUUCGCGACAGCAUCGCCUAGUCAGCUGGCCCUUCAAGUACCCAACCUACCUGACGGAUACCAUCACUUGAAUCAAGGCGACUCUGGCCCACUGGCCUAUAUGAUGAUGGAGUACAAUCCUGGCUAUGUCGAUUAUCCUGUUCAGCUCCCAUCUGCAGAGACGGCGCCGGUGAAUACAUACAUGCAGUACAUUAUCAAGGUCAAACCCUCUGUCGCACUUCCCACUGGGGCCAUUAUUUCUUACGCAGGUUCCCCCAUACAGGCACCUGACCCAUUCGACGGCAACUGGGCGCCGUGCGAAGGUGACGCUUACAGGACCACGACAAGGCUGUUCCAGGAGCUAUACAGAACGCUUGGCGGUAGAUACGGCAUCUCACCCGAUGGGUCAGAGUUCUACGUGCCUAAUCUGCAGGGCAUGUUCAUUAGAGGGGUGGACGUCAAUUCUGGUCGAGACAAGAACGGUAACAGACACCAGCCCAUUGGCUUGUCCGGUGUGACAGCUCCAGCUGCGGGCUCAACACAGGCCUUUGGAACGGCGCAGGCGAAUAGCCCCUUGGUGGCGAGGCUCUGGCACGUGGGCCUGGGGGCAACAGUUGAAUCCUUCAAGAUUGCUGGCAGGACCAGUGUCCGCGGUGACGACAACACAAAUGCGCAGUACUGGUCUGGAGGUGAUCAGGAGACACGUCCGGUUAAUGCUAAUGUGAUGUUCUUCCUCGCCAUGCGAUCUCAAGACCCGACAGCUGAUAUGGUGCCGGUGGGAACUAUAACUGCCAUUGCUGGAGAAACAGCCCCAAGCGCCGACUACUGGGCGCUUUGCGACGGUUCUUCAGUCGAGAACAAAAAGUAUCCCCAACUUUUUACCGCAUGCGGCACGAUUUGGGGUGCGCAGGAUUCUGACCAUUUCUAUUUGCCUGACCUCCGCGGCCGAUUCCUCCGUGGUGUGGACAAUACUCCUCCUGGCUCCGUCGGGAUCGAUCCCGAUCGCAAUAAUCGCAAGGCCCCUCAGUCCGGGUCUGGGAGUACAAAAGGAGUGGGAUCGGUCCAAGACUGGGGAACGUCCAUCAAUGGUUGGAGCAUCAACAUCAGUCUGCCAACCAGAAAUUGGCAGAAUGCCGCUACCGCUGUUGGAGACCAGGCUGAGAACUAUCAUCCCGACAACACACCUUGUCAGAUCUUGGGUGGCGAUGUGGAGACCCGGCCCAUUAACAUCGCUGUCAAUUUCUACAUCAAAGUAGCGGCUGUGGCACCUGCAUUUUAGAGACAGUAGGACUUCGGAGAAGAAUGGCGAAUUGAAGAUGGCUGCUGCAGGUCGAAAAUAGGCUCGUUGCUGUAGGUCAAGCAUAAGGGGUGCAGAUGAGGCAGCUAAUUAGGAAAGUAGUUGUUGGCAAGAUUUGGUCUAUUGAAUUGAUUGCUAGGUUAAACUGCGCUGAGCGCAAUUGCGGACCUGGAAAGCAGGGAAAAUCACUUUCGUUAUCUUGGUUUGGCGUGGUUGGUGACGGUCUUGCCAUCUGAAAGCUCCAUGGUUGUUGACGAGAAAGUCAAGCGGCUGAACUCGGCCUUGGAACAAAGAGAACAAGGCUAUGAAUCACGUGACAUGAUCUGAUGAUCUGAGGUGCUCUGAGAAGGAGCAACAGAGCACCACGGAUUUCUUUUCAUAUGUAGAUAUAUACACGGUCAUUAUCUAGAGACCGGCCGUCGAU